AUGUCUGAAGAGCAUAUUAUCAAGCCAGAGACUACCAGUCCAUCUACCAAUGCCAGUGAAUGGCCAUUGUUGUUGAAGGACUACGACAAGCUAUUGGUUAGAAGUGGUCAUUACACUCCUAUUCCAGCUGGUAGUUCACCAUUGAAAAGGGACUUGAAGUCCUACAUUAGUUCAGGUGUUAUUAACUUGGACAAGCCAUCUAACCCAUCUUCCCAUGAAGUUGUUGCAUGGAUUAAGCGUAUCUUGCGUUGUGAAAAGACAGGUCACUCUGGUACUUUGGAUCCAAAGGUUACCGGUUGUUUGAUUGUCUGUAUCGACAGAGCCACCAGAUUGGUUAAGUCCCAACAAGGUGCCGGUAAGGAGUAUGUGUGUAUCGUUAGAUUGCAUGAUGCUUUGAAAGACGAGAAGGACCUAGGUCGUUCUUUGGAGAACCUGACUGGUGCUCUUUUCCAAAGACCACCUUUGAUUUCUGCUGUUAAGAGACAGCUUCGUGUCCGUACUAUAUAUGACUCUAACUUGAUUGAGUUCGAUAACAAGAGAAACUUGGGUGUUUUCUGGGCCUCCUGUGAAGCUGGUACUUAUAUGCGUACUUUGUGUGUUCACUUGGGUAUGCUACUAGGUGUCGGUGGUCACAUGCAAGAACUGCGUAGAGUUAGAUCCGGUGCUCUAUCAGAAAACGAUAACAUGGUCACCCUACAUGAUGUUCUUGAUGCCCAAUGGGUUUUCGACAACACCAGAGAUGAAUCUUACCUAAGAAAGAUCAUUCAACCACUAGAGACUCUAUUGGUCGGCUACAAGAGAAUUGUUGUCAAGGACUCCGCUGUCAAUGCUGUUUGUUACGGUGCCAAGCUAAUGAUUCCAGGUUUGUUGCGUUACGAAGAAGGUAUUGAACUAUACGAUGAAGUUGUCUUGAUGACCACUAAGGGUGAAGCCAUUGCUGUUGCCAUUGCUCAAAUGUCUACUGUCGACUUGGCUACAUGUGACCACGGUGUUGUCGCUACUGUUAAGAGAUGUAUAAUGGAGAGAGAUCUAUAUCCAAGAAGAUGGGGUCUUGGUCCAAUUGCUCAAAAGAAGAAGCAAUUGAAGGCUGAUGGUAAGUUGGACAAAUACGGUAGAGUCAAUGAAAGCACACCAGAAGACUGGAAGAAAUCAUACGUCCCACUGGACAAGAGCGAAGCUUCUGAAAGCUCAUCUGAUGCCAAGAAGGUUGAAGAACAAGUAAAGGAAGAAGUUGAAGAGCCAAAGAAGGAAGAGAAGGAAGACGAGAAGGAAGACGAAGAACCAAAGAAGGAGAAGAAGGAAAAGAAGGAGAAGAAGGAGAAGAAAGAAAAGAAGGAGAAGAAGGAGAAGAAGGAGAAGAAAGAAAAGAAGAGAAAGGCUGAGGAUGAAGGUGAAGAGAAGAAGAAGAAGAAGUCUAAGAAAUAA